GAUCAUAGACUACAUCUCAAGGUGUAAGAACGUAGACGGAGGGUUUGGUGGCGGACCUCAACAGCUGUCUCAUCUCGCCCCAACAUAUGCCGCGGUGAAUUGUCUCGCGUCACUACAAAAUGAAGACGCCCUGCGGGUAAUAGACAGAGAAGGACUAAUAGAAUGGAUAAAGACGCUGAAGCAACCCGACGGUUCAUUUGUAAUGCAUAUUGGAGGAGAGAUCGACGUCCGUGGGGCGUACUGCGCGGUGUCUGUACUUAAACUCUGUUGUGUACCAAAAACAAUGCGAGAUGGUGUUUUUAAAGGCACGGCAGAGUGGAUAGCCCAGUGUCAAACCUAUGAGGGGGGGAUAUCGGGCGUGCCUGGGUGUGAGGCACACGGUGGCUACGGUUUCUGUGGAGUGUCGGCGAUGUGCUUGCUUGAAAGAGAAGAUUUGUUAGAUCUCGAUCGACUAAUAGAGUGGGCUGUAUAUAGGCAAAUGAGAUUCGAAGGUGGCUUCCAAGGGCGCACCAAUAAAUUAGUAGAUGGAUGUUAUUCAUUCUGGAUGGGUGGGAUCUUUCCACUUAUAGGAUACAUGCAAAAGAAUAGAGCCAAAUCAGAAAGCACGCUGGUUAAAGAAGACUGGCUGUUCAACAGAAUUGCACUGCAAGAAUACAUCUUAUUCGCUUGUCAAGAACCUUUCGGAGGCUGCAUCGAUAAGCCCGGGAAAAGCCGUGACUUCUACCAUACGUGUUACGUGCUAAGCGGAUUAUCAGUGGCACAACACUAUGCCGAAGAGAACGAGCGCGAGUCUACUUUGUUUAUUGGGGAGAUCGGGAACAUAGUGGAAACAAUCGAUCUCUUCCACAAUAUAACCACAAAAUCGUACAGAACGACGAUAGAGCUGUUUGAGAUUCUUGGAGCGGAUACGUAA